CAGCGGGCAAGAUGGCGGCGCCCAUGGUGCGGGCGGCCCCGCUCUGGUGGUCGCUGUGGGCGCCGGGAUCCCUCCUCUCGGCGCCGCGGAAGGCGGCCAAGCGAGUCGGGAGCCGCUGGAGAAGCGGCGGCGGCGGCCUCCUGUCGCAGCUGCACCAGCGCGGCAUCGUCCAGGACGUGUUCCCGGCGGCCGAGGGCGGCGGCGGCCUGCAGCGGCUGCUCGAGUCCGCGCCACAGACCGUGUACUGCGGCUUCGACCCCAGCGCCGACAGCCUGCACGUCGGCCACCUGCUCGCCCUGCUCGGCCUCAUCCACCUGCAGCGCGCCGGGCACCGCGUCCUGCUGCUGCUGGGCGGCGCCACCGCCCGCCUGGGCGACCCGAGCGGCCGCGGCAGCGGCGAGCGGGGGUCACUGAGCGCCGAGGCGGUGCGGAACAAUGCCCGCGGCCUGCGGAGCAGCGUCCAUACCGUGUUCGCCAACCACCACGCCUGCUUCUGCGGCGCCGACCAGCCCCAGGCCCCGCUUACCCUCCUCGACAACUCCGACUGGUACCAGGGCAAGGGGCUGGUGGACUUCAUCGACACAGUGGGAAGGCAUUUCCGCAUGGGCACCAUGCUGAGCCGGCAGAGUGUGCAAGCUCGCCUAAAGAGCCCCGAGGGCAUGAGCUUCACCGAGUUCACCUACCAGAUGUUCCAAGCCUACGACUUCUACUACUUGAACCUACACCACGAUUGUAGGAUCCAACUGGGAGGCAUGGAUCAACUGGGCAACAUCACGUCUGGAUACGAAUUCAUUCACAAGGUAACUGGGCAAGACGUCUACGGCAUCAUGGUACCGCUUGUGACCAGUGCUUCAGGGGAUAAACUGGGAAAAACUGCAGGAAAUGCAGUAUGGUUAAACAAAAAUAAGACCUCGCCCUUUGAACUGUAUCAGUAUUUUGUCAGGCAACCAGAUUCAAACAUAGAAAGAUAUCUUAAACUCUUUACCUUCAUCCCACUUCCGGAGAUUGAAAGCAUUAUGGUCAAUCAUGGAACUGAUCCAGGAAAGCGCAUUGCCCAAAAACGACUAGCAGCAGAAGUAACCAAAUUGGUUCAUGGAAAGGAAGGAUUAGAAUCUGCCAAAAGAUGUACAAGUGCACUCUACCAUAACAGUGUGGAUGUAUUGGAGACCAUGUCAGAUGAAGAGCUACAAGAGUUGUUUAAAGGAGCAUCAUUUUCGGAGAAUCUGCUGGAGCCAGGCACAACAGUGCUGGAUCUCUGCCGGAAAGCCAAUGCUGUUCCGGAUGGCCCCAGAGGGUAUCAGAUCAUCGCAGAUGGAGGAAUUUGGAUUAAUAACUUACGAGUGACAAAACCAGAACAAGUGCUGGUUUUGAAGCAACAUAUUCUCACAAAUGGACUGUCUCUGCUCAGAGUCGGAAAGAAAAAUUAUCAUAUUGUGAAAUGGCUCAACAUGGUAACUUAGUCGCCAACGGUUGUUCUCUUUGUUAAAAAGUUGUAUACAAAGUGAAACACUUGGUGCUUUUCAUUUUUGCCACUGAGUGAACUGAGAGCUCUGUACAAACUUGAUCCCAGUGUUCUAAAUUAGAAUUAUGCUAGUGUCUGAGUUAGGAUUACGUAGUAGAAUUAGAUUUAUGUAUUAGUUAGUGAGUGAAAUCCUUAGCCAAGUUGUAAAAUAACUAUGACAGAAUUGUGUUCACUGGAUGAAAGCAGGAACUAAAAUUAGAAUUCAAUGACAUAACCUUCUCAAUCUUUUGGAUUCAUGGCAUCAGCUUUCAAGGUCACUUGUGGCCAUCUGUAUUCCCCCAGCCACUGUACUAUGUAUAAACUUUUACACUCACUAAGUGAGAGAGGUCAUUGAGGCGACUACUGUGGCCAUUUGUAGUUUUAUUUGUAUAAAUUUGCACAAUGUUGACAAGAAUACCUCCGUACAGAAUUAAAUGUGAAAUGAAUUAAAAAUAUGUGAUUUUUAAUUUUA